AUGUCAAAAAUAUAUCAUUUCUUUAAAAAAAAAAUGAAGUCUAUCUUAGAUGAGAAUAAAUUUUGCACAAUAUGGGAUUUUCUAGACUCGUGGAUUUUUAACAAUGCUUGGAUACCAAUCCUGUUUUUAAUUUUCUUGGGUGUUGCUUUUGAGAUAAUCCUUGUAAGAACUUGUGAAUUCUUCAAGAAAAAGCUUGAACUAUGGGAAAAUGGAAGUUCGUGUUCUCAGAAGAAUGAAGAUGUUUUUCCAAAAGGAAUGACAUUUGCUAUAGAGACCUGGUCAAUUUCCCAAACAUCGUCAGCAGGAAAAGUUGAAACCUUUUCAGGAAGAAUAACAACUAGUUCUCCAUCUGAGGAGAAUGGAGAUAACACUAGCGAAAGAACCUUUUCACCCUAUGAAUGUGAAUAUCAAAGAAGUAAUUUUUGUGAAAGUCGGUCAUCUUCAGGUGGGACCAGUACAUCUUUGUCAAUGUUUUACUCAGAAGUAAAUAAAAUUUUCAUGAGAUCCUUUCACAGAAAAGAUCCACAAAGUGAAUAUCAAACAAUACAAUUUUCCUCUAAUAAUUUAUUUCCAAUAAUGAAAACCAACAGGACAAAAAACAAAUUUCCUGAUGCUCUUAGUUUUCAAAGCACAUUCAAAUUUACAAGAGAUAAGGAUCUCAACGUAACGCCAUGCCCUCCUGUCCAUUUAUUUCUUUCUAGUGACCAAAUUAGACAUGUGGAAGAAAAUGUAAGAAGGAAAAUCACUGUGAACCCCAAAGCUAUAUCAGUGAGGGAAGCUGAUUGUCUGCACCACAGCUAUCAGGAACCAUUGAUUCAUUAUCAACAUUCUAAUGAAGAAGUGGUUAUUCCUGCUGAAGCACAAGAUACUUUCUCAGACCAAAGUGCUAUGCAGAAUCAAAUGAUUCAGGAAGCACAAUUUACUAACCAAACUCAACCAUUUAUUUACAACCAAGAGUCAGUCAGCAGCCAGCCUGGUUUUGUUCAGCCUCUAUAUUUUAUGAGACUGCCAUUUUCUAACAGCUUACAAGACUCCUUCCAGGCCCAACAAAUAGACCAUAAAGAUAAGAGCCAACAUUUCAUCCAUAUCCCAUGUAGUGUUGAAGCAGAAGGUUCAACCAAGGGCACGGAGUCUGAUGAACAUUUCAGUGAGACCCAGUAUUCUGUUUAUUUAAAUGACCAAAACAAGAGUAACCAUUUAUUUAAAGGGCAAAAUAGUGUUUUCCAGAAUGAAUUUCUAUCUUUAAGUUCAAAUUCAUUUGCUGAACCUAUGCCACAACAAACGGUAACACUGGGCCAAGAGCCAAUGCCUUCAUUGGAAUCAAACCAGUUUUAUGCAUACAGUAUAAUGUCUCUUUCAUCUACCAUUAAAAGGCAGAAAAACAGGAGAAAAAUACCAGACAAUGAAAGAAAACGCAGUCUUAAAGUUCCAUCUCUAAAAGCAAAGAAAAUCUCUUGUUCACGGGUGUUUCCAAUUAUAGUAUGUCAUACUUCAGAAAAUAAGACAGAGUUAAGGUGCAAGAAAAAGAAAAUAGCACAUCAAAGGAAAGUAAUGUCAGAUAUAGCUUUGUAUCUUAUUUCUGCCUCUAAGCUUAUCAAUCUCCAUGUUAAAAAGUAUUUCUUUAAAAAUCUAGUAGCAGUCAUACCAGACUUAAUGAAAUGUGAACAUUUUCUGAAGGGGCAAAAUAAGUCACUAGAUACAGAGAAAGUAAACUACGCAAGUUCUACUGAUAGAGUAAGCUCGGGCAUUAUUGAAAACAUAGAACACUCAUUCAUUGUCAACACUUAUGGAAUGGCAGCUCCUUGUUCAUUAUUUGAAACAAAGAGAGAGAGUAAGGAGUCUAGUGAAGACUCAGUUCAGCAGACAUUUGACCUGAACAUUCCAAAGCAUGAGGGGCUUUCAGAAGUGUCAUCAGAAUCUGCACAGAAAGAUGUUUCAUUUCCCCACAUAGAAUCAAACAAAGGAAUGAAAGUACAGAAGGACAUACAAAGUACAGAGAACGUAGAGGAGUUAACAGUCAGUACAUCAAACGUGCGAAGGAGCUUUUCGAAAGAUAGUGUACAGAAUGCCAAAAAUUCAGUGGAGAUCACUCUGAACUUCCUGGGUACCAAUUUGUUUAUUUCCCUGGGGCCUGAAAAGCAUGAGAAAAGUGAAUUAAAAGACAUAAAUGUUAAAGUGAUUACAAGAAGCAUAAAUCUGAAGGAAGAGAAGCCAUUAACAGUUAAUAUUACAGAGUACGGUAACCCAAGUGGUCGUGAGAAGAUGGAAUGUGGCACUAGAAGCAAUAAGAAAAAUAGACAUCAUGAUGAAAGGAUGUCAGGUACCUCUCCUAAUGCCAUGGAGGCUGCCAUUUCUGAACCCUUUGAUAUGGAAAUGUGUAACAAAUUAAAAGCUAAUGCAGGCACACCAACAGUAAAUUGUAGUCACACUGCACUAAAACAAGAAAAACUACUAGAUGAAAAGAAAAGACAGGAAGUAAAGAAUGCUGAUAGCCCUAUGGUUAGAAAACCAAGCGAGUGGGACAGUGAGGAAGAAGAAGAAAAACAUAGAGAAACAGUUCGACUACUGGCAGAAGUCAGCGUCUGUCUGAAGCAAAAGGACAAAUGUGCCCAAUUUGAAAUGGGACAGAUCCAUUUGGGAAACAGAAAAAAUCAAAGUAAAGAGAAAGAAGUACAGUCACAGAUUAUUUCUACACAGACAGUAUGGGAGACUAGUCCACGUUCCUUGACAAAUCCACAAGUUGAGGAAGUGAAGCAAAGGACAGACAAACUGAUAGACAGAAAAGAGGCUGCAGGUCCCAUGCAUUCACCUUUAAUGCCAGAGAACUUGCCUGCUAGUGAGUAUAUAAUUGAAACAACAGAAUGUAGGGUCCCACUUGGUGGAAAUCCCACAAAAACAUUGGAUGGUCAUAUUAUAGAAGACAAAGAAAACUUGAAAAAGAACAUAUGUUCAGUUGCCACAGUACCUUUGAAAGUCAGAAAAAGAUCAUCAGGACCAAAAAAUGUACGAGGUGUCAAGCACAAAAUUAUGAAAGUGAAAAAGACUGAAUUUUCCCUGAGGCUUUCUAUCACUGCACGUGACAUUCUGCACCACAGGAGAAAAGUGGGAAACAGCUUUGAAAACAUCACUAAACAAAUGCUACAUGAUGUAACAUUGGCACCUGGGCUUCUGAAUAUUCACUCUCAGAGGUUUAUCAUUCACAAUAAUAAAACAAAUAUCAAGAUAACACCCCCAAAAACCCAAGUUGAAAAGAAAGAGAAUUUAGAUUCCCUUAAUAAAGAAAGUGAAGCUGGAGAUACUCUAGAAGUUCACUUGUGCUGUGGUGUGAAAGCGGUGGAGCAAGUGCUGCCAGAGACAGUGGCUCAUGUUAAGAAGAGCUUCAGAUUUGAUGCAUGUCCAGCAAAGGAGAUUAAAAUGGAGAAAGAAAUUUGUCAAGCAGUAUCUUUCACAGAAGCAACUAGGGAGUCAGUUGACUCACCAAGAAAGGAUUCAUUUUGUGUUGCAAAUAUAAAAAACAGCACAUCUAUACAGACAGAGCUCCAAUAUUGUGCAGAAUUAGAGUUGGGUCUUCCAACAUCAGGAAAAUUAUGGAUGGGAAAAUCUCUGAGCCAAUCAAGAGAAAGCAAUGUUCCAAGUAGUGGGAAUGAUACAAGGGAAAUCAAUUGUGGUUUUACCCAAAAAGUUUUCUCAUGGUCUUUAAAUUACUGUACGCCUCUUUUGACUCAUUCUAAAAAGAAGAAAGAACGAACAAGAUUCACGAAUACAAGUACAGUAAGGCUCAAUUAUAUGAAUAAGGUGAAACUACCAGCUUCAAAGACCUUCAAUAUCACAGGCAAUAAAAAGAAGUCAAAACUGGACAUCAAGACCAACUUAAAAAGAAUAAACCAAGCUAAAGCAUUUUUACAUGAAUGUCAAAACUCUCUUUGCUUAUCCAUCCAUAGAAGAUUGCAGGGAGUGUUCUGUCAUGCUCUACUAAAGCAAAGAGGACUAGUAAACAAAAUAUGUGUUGAUUGUGUUGUUGAGAGUAGAGCAUUCUACAAAAGAGAGAAGAAACUUCAAGAAGAGAAACAAAACCCUUUUGUACAGGCAGCUCCACAGCAUGGCCAACACCAGUGGGCUGAUGCAGAUCAAAGGAAGGACACUCUCCCAGAUGAGCCAGACCCACCACACAUCUCUUUAAGUCAAGAACAACUUGCUAACAGUCAGAGUAUAAAGUUCCAGGAAGAUUCCCUGCAAAGUGCUCUGGAGACCAACCUACAAAUAGCUCCCAUUCAAGCUGAAGGAUUACAGAAAACUACCAAAACAGAAAAUGACAUAAACUUCCCUGUGGUUCCUAAAAUUUUAUCUCCUGAAACAGGGAACUCUUCACCUGGUGAAUUUACAAACAUGACAGAUGACAGUUUAGAAUCUGAUGAAAACUCUGAACAUGAACUAGAUCUGUAUCCUGCAGAAAAAGAUUCAGAGACAUCAACAAGUCUGCAGGUGACAUUCCUGCAGUCUUCUGAUUCUGUUACAAGAUCCUUUGUUUCUAGACCUAAAGGGAAGAGAAAAGCACUAAGGUCAAAGAAGCAGAUAACAGUGAGUCAAAAAUGUAGAGCUAUGAGGGAAAUAAAACCACCAGUUUCACAGACAGGUAACUUCAGGUAUAGCAAAACACUAAAACGACACAAAGAAAUGAAAGAUCCACAGCAAAUGGGUAAUAUAGCAGGUGCCUGUUUGGACAUUGUUCAUUACAAGGUACAUAUUUUGCCCAACAAAACAAUUAUAAAUUCAAAACCAUGGACAGAUAAACAGAGAGUAAGAAGACUUGGUCGAGUGCAACAAAUGCAAGAAGAGUCACCAAAUGGAAGAAACACAUGCUGUCCAGGUCCUGCUGAUUUGAGUAGUUCCUCUAGCAUGAAGAAAUAUGAAGAGGAAGGAGAAGAGGAACCAGAAUAUUUCCUGAUCUCAGAAAAUAGCCCUAGCCUUAUAUUUGAUAUGUAUCAAGAAAAAAACCAUGGCCUUGUUAGAUCAGAUAAACAACUGAACCAGCUAGGGAGAACAAUUACUCAGGUACAACCACAAACACCUACAGAAGUUAUUUCCUGUUCUACCUUAUGCCCCAUCCCAGAUGAAUUACAAAUAGAAAAGCUGGAGGGCUGUUUCAGUGUUUCCCCUCUAAAGCUUGGGGAAGCCAAAGACAAUGCAUUAUCUGAAAGAGAAAGUGAUUUAUCUGAUGAAAGGCAAUACAAGGAACAGGCUGCUGACAGUGAAAAGGAGGCAAAGGAAUUAUCAGCCUCAUACACUAAUACAAACCUUAUCAGGGAAAUAAAAUGUAACUCAACCAAAAUUAAAGACAUGUAUCAAGAGAAAAAAAUUGCAGAUGAAACAUCCUCUUUGACAAAGGUUGCACUGGAUAUUAAUAUGAGUAGCAAGAUAGAAACAGAAAAAGGCACUCCAAGCAAAAAAACACCCUAUUCUAUACAAAGGAAGCCAAAGAUACUGCUUCAUGAAGGGAAGGUUACUUCAGAUGACAUCAAAGAAAUUGAUCUCCAAGAUAAAGAAGAAAAGAAAAAUGAUAAUGACACAUUACUAAAGCCAUUCCCACAGUAUAGCCAACAUUUUGUAUUUUGUUCACAUCAAAGCAGGGAUCCUAACUCUCACAAAUUAAGAAAAUUAAAAGGGAGGAACAUUCUGUUCAUGGUGGAUCAGGACAUUCCACAGCAGAGUCAGUCAGCAGAUCUAACACGAAGAGAGCAUGCCAUGUGUACAUCAAGUUCAAAGAUUCCUCCCAUACAAUCAGGAGAAUUACAAAUAGAUAAAGUUAAGAAUGAUAGAACAAAAUAUGACAUCCCUGAUAAUGGUACUCUUGCACAGAAACUGAAUAGUUGGAAUAGACUGGAAAGAAAAGGGCUUCAAAAUGAUCUACAAGCAACUAUCACAGAGUCUUUGAAUCUCUCAACCCCUGAUGUACCAAGAUCCAAAAGGAAGAGCAAGGUAUCUAUAUGCAAAGCCUUACAAGGUAAAAUGUGUUUAACUGGUAUAACUAUGAAAGGAAGGAAAACAUCUGUUUCAAAGUUAUUGACUAUUCCACAGUGUAGUCAUAGAAACAAUCUACUUCCAAAAACUUUAAAAUCACAGAUUUUUGAAUUAUUAAUACAUUCUUGUGUCUUACCUGAUAGUCUUAAUAUAAUAAUAUUGAAAGAUCCAACAGCAGAGGGAAAAAAGGGACUAUUAACCCAGGAACUGGCAACAACAACGUUAGAGUCUUUGGGUUUCUCUACACCUACAUCAAAAGAGAGAGAAAAUUUAAAACUCAUGGAAAAGGGAAAUGAAAUGAGUAAGAACUCUCUAACUGUCAAAACCAGGAAGGCAGCAAUCUCCCAGACACUUAUUACUUCAGAAUGUAGAACACCAAAACAAGGUAAACCCAUGGCAGGUUCAUCCCUACAUGCCAUCUUCUCUCCUAUGCCUGUGUCUCUUAAUACAUGUGAUGGAAUAAAAGAUAGAGAUACAAUGUGGACAACGAGAUUUAGUCAUGAGCUUCAUGACCAGUUAGAACAUAAAGAGAGACCUUGGUAUAUACACUACAUGGACAAGGAUACUACCUCAAAUGAAACUAAAGAUGUAAAAGGUCAAGGUGGUGAAGAGGGCUCACUGAUUUCCCAGCACUUCAGUUUCAGUGCUCAGAAUAUGACAGGGCCUAAUUCUGUGCAAUCUGGUUUACAACUGAUUAAUUCAGCAACUUAUACAGAGUUAGAGAGAGCUCUAUACUAUGGCCAAGCACAGACAGUCAAUGUGAAUAACCUGCAAAGCAGCAUGGUGGGUGUAAUGUCUCCAUUUUUAAAUACAGAAGAAUCUGAGAUUGGCUUCAUACCAUGUGAUAACACCUGGGAUGAAAACCCCAGGAGAAAAUAUGACUAUCCCAUUUCUGAACAAAAAGCAUGGACACAAAAAGACUUAACAUCUUUGGAACCUUUUCAGGAGCCCAGCCUUGUGUCAUUUGAAUACAAAUGUGAAAGCUGCACAUUAGAGUUUGCAGGCAAAAGAGAUAUGACUCCCAAGGCAAGGCAAGCUUCAAGGCUGCUUAAUAUUGCAAGGCAUUUUGUGAGAGUCCAUAGAAAGAAAAAGCACCAUAAUAGUAAACACUGGUUGAGAAAGGUUGAAUGCAUGGAAGAGGUACUGCUUUAUGCUAUUGCAGAUGCUAAGAGUUGUCCACUCAAAUUCAUAACUGAUGAACUGUCACUUGAUAAAGCAGCAAGGUCUGCUUUUUCUAACAGAAUACCUCAAAGAUCUAUGGCAGAAGAAAAAGCAAAGUUACAAGCAAACUUAGCCACAACUUUCUUGGGACCUUAUAAUUUUCUCAUACCUCUUUUAUCUGACUUUAAAAGCCAGGUAAACACAGUAAAAUUAUCAGAAAAUGAAAUUAUGUUGAAUAAGAGGUUUUCAACUAUGAAGAAAAUGAAGCCAUCAACUUCAAAGAUAAUUAAAAUAAAUGGAUACUUUAUCACAAACCAUAAGAAGAAAUUUAAAUUAAGAGCCAAAAUGAAAGCAAUAUGGAUCAGUGAAAUCAUAAAUGGUGUACUUCAAAACACCGUUCACUUCAUAUUAACUAACUCUAACAAGAAAGAUACGUUCAAAACAGAGGUAGGUUUGGGAGUAUCAAACUUGACCCAUACACAGCCAACACAUGGGAAGUCACCAGUUGAAGGCACAAUAAAGUAUGAUGAUUCUGUGGACAAAAAAAAUAACAGCAUGCACGUAAGCCUCAAAGAUGCACUCUCAAAUAUGGAUAAACCGCACAAUUGUCCAGAAGUCAGUGAACCAACCAGUAACACUACCAAACAUGGAGUAAAGGAAACUGGCAAGUCUUUUUUAAAAGAAAAGUCUUCAUUUUAUUUGACAGGAAUUAUCACUUCCAUUGCCAGGCAUUUAGUUGCUUCCAAAGAAUUUAAAAAGCAGAUUGGUAACAUGAGAGUACCUGACCUGCCAGCUCAUAAAGGUAUACCUUCACAGAUGAAGGAGUCAACAGAUUUACAGUCAUCCCAUGAUGGAGACCAUGCUGCUGUAAACAUAAAUGAGACACAGAAUCUGAGAACCUUAGAGAUAAAAGUAGAUAAUGGUGAGAUAAACACAGAUAUGACAUCCAUCUAUAUGUGUACGCCAAUUCAACAUAUAAAAACGGAGUCAUCACAUAGCAUAUGGGAUAUGUAUGAGGAAUCUACAAAAAGAAAUUUCCUGGACAAUCCAAAAGUGAAGAGGAAAGAAGAGUGUGGACAGCUGCCAAUUGGAACAGAUCAAAAGAGACAACCCGAUCCUCUCACAUCAGAAGUACUUUCCACUAACACAGUGCACUGCAAAGAUAGCAUGCUUCAGAAAACAGCUAUUUAUCAAGAAGGAAAUGCAAAAGUUAGACAAGAGUUUGGCAAAGAAGUUAUUCUUUUCUCUAAUACACAUACUCUUCAAAUUGAAAGGCAGAACAAUGAAUUUAUGACAGGUUGGAAAACAAAGUCUAAGUCUUUUACCCUGCAAAAGAAACAGGAAAAGCCUAGUUUCUUGGGACCUACAUGGAGUUCUUAUGCCUGUGACACUACCUAUCCUGAAACUUUAAGACAGAAAGGUAAAGCAAAAACAUCAAAUGUGAAAAGUACUGUGUGCGCCAAGCAAAUAAAGCUGAAGGCAAAGAAAAUACCGGUUCCUCUACUUCUUGGACAUGGGGACAGAAGCAAUAAAAAAGAACUGGGACGUAGCAUGCUGCACCAGAACACAUUAGAACGGAGGAGAAAUAUACAAAACCUGAUUCUAAAAGGUAAUUUUGACUUGGGAUACUUUAUAUCCCCAGUUAAAAAGCUUACCAGCAUAAAACUAAAGAAAGGCAAGUUGGAAGAGAGAAAAAAUGUUCUUCCACAGAUAAUUCUGGAGAAACCAUUCAGCCAAAGGCAAAUGUCAUGGUCAGGAUGUAUUGAUGUAUCUAGGAAACUAGAAGAAAAUAUUAAAGAGGUGCAUGAUCACUGCACUUUCAAGGACAUUCACCAGCAAUUUAUACAACAAUUUAGGGUUAAGUCAGAAGAAAUUAAAGAGCAUCACUCUUACAAAUCAGAAAAUUUACAAAGAAAGAUGAAUUCUGAGUUAACUUCACAGAAAGAUGAAACUGAUAACUUUGGGCUAGCUACCUUAAGAAGUAGAGGAGGAACAAAAGUCUAUACCGACUCACAAGACAGCCUGCAACAGGAAUAUCACCUGAAGCAAGAGAUGCAGAGACCAGGAAUGAUUCUUCAGCCUACGAAGGGAUUUCCUCACUUUGGAAUGGCAAAUGAAUUCAUAACCAAACAAGACAUCAAACCAUCAAGUCCACAGAGGAUAGGAGAACUGAAAGUGAUGGAUAACCCAUUAGAUUCAAAGGAAUCAUUGCUUGUUCCCAGGCUUAUCAUACAGAAACAAAAUCCUUUUACAAAUCCUCUUCUGGGAUCCAUUCCCUCUCAUGUACCACACCAACUUCAUACUAAAGAGCUAAAGGAAAACAUGAAAAUAAGUGGAAAAACCUUAAAGACUUCAACUCAACAGCUGAAGGAAGUCUCAAAUGAAGAAUAUAUUUCAGAUAUGGAUCACAUUCCAAGAAGUAUUGAAAAGCUACUCUUGCUUAUUAAAGAGCAGGAAAAGAGGAGAAAAAAGAGUAGAGGGGCUAAAAAAAAUGAAAUAGUGGAAGACAUUAAAACAGCAACAAAGAAUCCCAUUCCAUUUCUUAAUUACUCUCCACCUGGAACACAGUUUGUCGACACAAUAAAGAACAGUGGUGUGUUCAGGAAAAGAGAGGAGACAGAGCCAAACAGGAGUGUGGCCACAUUGUGGAGACAGCAAAGUUUGUGUGUACAAGGGAUCAGCCUAGACUAUGUUUAUACAGAUGAGCUUACUUCUAAAGUUAUAUGUCAAAACAGAAGAAUAGAUUUCAUGGAAAGCAUUAUGUGUCACAAAAGGAUAAAAAUGAAGGUGAGGAAGACAACUUCUGGGAAGCUGCUCAACAUUACAGGGUAUAGAGCCCAUAGCUACAGAAAGGAACUAAGACACAGCAUUAAGACACAGAAGGAGCUGCCCCAAGGAAAAGAUGUGGCAGACUUACUUUGGAAAGGUUCUUGUGCUUCUGGCUACAUUGCAUCUCAAAUUAAAAAGCGUAUAGAAGUAAAAGAGGAGAAAGGUGAAGCACAAAGCCCAUAUAUUCUUCCACAGCUGAAGCAGAAGAAAACAUUGAAUGAAACUAAAAUGUUAUCUGUGCAGCCCCUUGAUAACAGUUCAAUAUCAAGCACUAUCAGAAAAUCAACACAAUUUACCACAAAGCAAAAUGAACACCAAGUGGUUUUACUAGAUAUUACUCCACAAAACAAAGAUCAAUUAAUGACUGACCAACAGGUGGAGGAGCCUAGACAUAUCAACUUCAAUGCCCAUUUGGAAAAAGAAGCAUACCAUGUCAUGUUUCCAGAGACUAGAGACACCAAUUACAGUAGGCUUGAGGCUCAAAGACCCAGAUCGGGCACAGAAUUUGAAUUCUCAACUGCACAAAGAGUAAAGAAAGGAGUUAUGAAAGACUCCAGCAGGCAUGCACUUUUAGUUCCACCCAGAAGAGGAGAACCUAAGAAGAUGAAUAUUUCAAGUUCCAGAGGACAUGACAUAUCUCUCAUGAAGCUGGAUACUUUCCAGAAAAAGACAGGUAAUGUGCAAGAACUGCCUAAACAAGAAAACACUUCAAGUAUAGGCUUGGAGCCUGUUGUCUGCCCAAUUAGGGAGUCCUUUCACUUGGAAAACACAAAGGUAACUAAGGAAGUGGGUAUGUAUCAUAACAUAAAAAAUAUUUCCCAUCUAUUUGGAUUAAGAAAAACUGACACAGUACUAGAUUUCAAAGCACAGGAAUUUCUCUGCACAGAUCUAGAGGAUCUACACAAAACAGGCACUGCUCAGAAAGGCCAUGCAAAGUCAGGUCACAGGCCUCAAAUCAUUCUGAACUCUGUACCUUGCCACAAGAGGGCUCCUCUUCACCUAAAACCAAGCUUGAGUGCAGCAAGGAAGGACCAUGGUGCCAGUGCCAUAGUUGCUAAAAUGAACCCCAAGGGAAAAGAAAAGGCCAAAUCUGCUAACAGCCCAUUAAAAUUAAACAGACAGAAAGUAGACAUUUCAAAAAACUUGAGGGCAAAACAACUGAAUAUUUUUACCCAGACCAAAGAAAAACUUUUGGAAAUUUUUUUAUCUUGUAUAUUUUAUCUUCAGGCUGAAAAUACACAGAAACAAAUCUCAGUAAAAGCAUCACUAAAUUCAAAUAUUUUUAACCCAAUGGUAGAAAAAGCAUCAAGUGAAUUUAAGAUUCUAGAAGAUCAAUCUCCAAGUUCAGAGAGAGUUAACUUGCAUACUAAAGGAGGAACAGAUCAUCAAGAGAGUGUGUGUGAGGCUGUUCCAAUGUCUAAUACUCACUGUUUGAUGGAUAUACAUCGAAUUACAACACCACAGAUAAAGAAAGCAUUAAAAUCCCUAGCUAAUCUGGACUAUCAUGCUUUAAAUACAGAAAAGGAAGAACAGAACAACAUGAUAAAAGAACAAAACCAGUACCACCUGUCAUUUUCCCUCGAGAAUUUGGAGGAACAUAUAUCAUGCUCCCAAAAUUAUUCUCAUGUCCAGCAAUAUUUAGAGUUUCACACAAAGGAAGCAUUGUCAAAAGUAGGCAAUGUGUCAAGUAGGACAAAAGGACUAGAUUUAUCAUCUAAAGAUGAACUAAGUACUGUGUGUGAAUGUAGACCAGAGUGGAUUUUCCCCUCAAUUAUUCUAGAGCAAACAAAAGAACAAGAUACAGUGCUGCCUUUGGAAUCAGGAACUAUAAAAUGUUCAAGCCUUUUGUCAUCUGAAAGAAAGCAGUUAUCUGAUGGAGUACAGAUAAGUAAGUCAGUGUCAAAUGAUAGCUCAACCACACCAAGAUGCAGCAAAAAGGAACUGUCAGAUAGAGCAAGUGAAAAGAAGCAAGAAGUGUGUCUGCCUAAGAUGUUCUUACAUUGCUUUUCACUAUGCAUGCAGUUUUUGCAUGAACAUGAAAAACAGAAGAGUAACACAGAAUACCGAGUUAUGAAAGACAUAAUAUGCCCUGAAAGAAAAGCCCUAAACUUGAAGAAAUUAGUACUUCCACAAAUUAGUUCCACUGAAUAUACUGCAAGCAAUAAAGAAGAACUACAGUUUUAUAAAAAAGAGAAAAUGAUAUGCAUAAAACAUGGAAAGGAUAAACCAGGUUCAGUUGUAAUAAAAGCAUGUGAACCCAUCCCUUUGCCUCACUUCAAAUUGAAUAAAGAGAAAAUUGGUGUGCUUAUCUCAAGUAAUGUAAGACAAGAAAAACAUAAAUCACAGGAAGAGAAGAAUGGCCUAAAAGGGAUGGAGUUUAAAGGAAUAAUAGACUCUAAUACUACCUUAAAGACAGAGAAAUUAUCUCUGUCUUAUCCUUCCAGUAGUAAGAAAUUAACUUUACUGUUUGACACUACAGAACAACAGGGUAAGUUACAAGAAGGGUUGAGUAAAUCAGACAUGAAACUGAAGAAAUCUUUUAUUUCAUUACCACCUCUAUUGCAACCUAAUUUGAAUUCAAGAAUAAAAGUAGGAAAAGAUAAAUCAAGACUACUAGAGAGCUGCCUCCCACCUCUAAAGCCCCUGCUGUCAUUGAAAGGCAGAAAAAUGCCAUUUUCAAAGACAUUUAGUACAGAUAAUUUAUGCAAGUUAAUAGAAUUAAAGUAUCUUCCACAUAAGAAAGAAUACAGGAAUAAUAUACCAGAUUUGAAAGAUCUAAUAGGCCUCAUAUGUAUUGCUCAAAAGAGAAAGAAGUCACCUUUUAAGGGUUUACUACGUCAAAAGGAACAAUGGUGGAAUAAUAAAACACAAAAAAUUAUCCAGGGCAAUAAAAAUAAUCUAGAUGUAGUUCAGAAUAAAUCUUGGGAUUCUGUUCCUUCUUCACCUUAUCUGAAAUUGGAUCCUAAAAUAAUGGAGGUAUACUUACAAGGAAUAAUAAAGUUUUGCCUUGAAUCACCAGCACUGUCAGAAUUAUCAUCUACAGUGGGAAAGUAUCAGGAGCCAACUGAUGGUAUUUCAAGCAGUGCUGAAAAAGAAAAACAUAUAUCAUUGAAACAUAGAUUGCAAAAAGCUCCCAAGGAAGUGAGGCAUUCCAGGGGACUCCCUCUGAGACAGAAACUGUUUUCUGCAUCACAGGAGUUAAAAUUUAAUAUUGAAGAAAAGGCAAAAAAGACGCAGGAAGAUAAACAAAUUAAGAAUUGGAGCAAACGUUCCAUAUAUUCUCUUCCUUACUCUGAAGUGGUCACAAGGAUAAAUGGAGAGGAAGCUAUGCAAAUAAGAACCCAAUUUUCUACUCAUCACCCAAAGCUCCAAAGACCAUCAGAUAUAGAAGAAAUCAUUUAUACAAAGUCUAACUUUGAACCUGCCUUGAACAGUGUAAAACAUGCCACUAAAUAUGCAUUCCAGAAAGAAGAGGAGAGUACAAAAACAAAAAAAAGUAUGCAGUUGAAAGAAAAACCAUCAGUUUCACAGACAAUUCAGUUAGUCAUUACAGAACCAGGGCAAGAGCUACAAAAAAUUAAAGAUGAACUAAAUGUGGUUGAAACCAGUACCAGCACAUGGACGCCUUCUUCUUAUGAAGAGACAAAUGUAAAUGAAAACUUGGGACAUGUGCAGGAAAGAAAAUGCAAACUAGAAAAGGGUUUGACUUUGGCAUCUUUACCUCACAGUAAGUUAGAUAUAGAAAUAAAAGCCAAGGAAGAAACAUGGAUAGAAACAAGAUCCUUUUCUCUACACUCACAAAGCAUGAUAUCUUCAGAUGCAGAAAAAAUAAAUUAUACAGCAUCUUCUUUGAAUGAUAUCAUAAGUGAUUCAAAAAGAUCAAGAUACAUGUCAUAUAAAGAAGAGAAUGGAGUGAAUACUUUUGAGAGAAGCAUGAUGCAUCCCAAGACCAAACAUGUGAACAUAAAUAAAUCGCCCCUUUCAUACGUACCCAAAAUAAAGAGACUUAAACUGAAUCUUGAAAAACAAAUUAAAAAGAAGCAAGAAAGCAGAAAGGAAAAAGUCAUGCUCCCGAGAGAAACUCAUUCUGUCAUCACUUCUUCAGAUACCUCUAAAUUAGACCAAGCAGAGGAAGUUGAAACAGAUGUAUUGCAAAGCCAUGUGCCAUGCCCUAUGCCACAAGAGUCACUGCCUGUCAGGCAAGUAGCACCUACCAAAGCCAUUGGUAGCCAUGCAAAGAAAAGAAAACUGCAUUUAUCAUGGGAAGAAGAGGAAGUAAAAACUUCAGCCAUGGAUGACUUGGCACACCCCAAUGACCCAAUUUUCAAGACAGAGAAAACUGCACUCUCUCUUGUGUCCAGUGUCAAUGAACACAGCACCUUGAGUAAGAAAAAGACUGAUGGGUGGAGUGGCAAUAAAAAAACAGGACAGAAACAGGAAAGAGCGAGACGCCCUAAUGUGGCUGUAACAAAAGGUGAUGCUUCUGUAUCACUGCCUGUAGGGCAAGUAGCACCUGCAAAGCAAGUUGCUGAAUGUGCAAAAAAGAGGAAACAAUAUCAAGUACAGGAAGAAGUCAAAACCUCAGCCAUAGAUGGUUCGACACACUCCAGUGGCCUAGUUUUAAAGGUAUCUGCACCUCCUCAUGUGUUGAGUGUCAAUGAGAACAGUAUUCCCAGGAAGAUGAAGACUCCCUGGAGGAGCAGCAAAGAAAAGAUAGGACAGAAACAGGAAAAAAACAGAGAGUUUAAUGUUUUUGCAACAAAGAAUGAUACUUCCAUGCCUUCUAGAGUGAGUAAAGAGGAAGAUGUACUAGGAGAUACACAAAUUUCUUUUCUACCACCAAAAAGCCAAGAUAUAUCACACUCAGAGAAACGAGCAUGCAUGGAGUCAACAGGUUAUUUGUUAAACAACAGAAGAGAACCAACACAGGAAGAAAAAAAGAAUAGACUCGGAAAAGACAUGACAGACAAAAAGAUCCCCAAAUCAAUGGAUAAAAAGGGAAAGAAAUUAUCACGAUCACAUACACUCAGUAUCAAGGAGUUUCACAGGAAAAUCCAGGAAGAAAAACUUGUAAAUACAAUUGUAAAAUUUUCCAUCUCCCAGUUGCAACUCGAGAAAUUUUCAGGUGCACAGAUGGCUGAUAGGGAAGUUUACAAUGAGAUAAAAUUACUGAAAGAACAUGUACCAGGGAAAGAAAAGCAUAUGGGUGUCAACAGUAUAAUGCAUGCCAAGGAUAUAUAUUUGAAGACAAAGAAAUCACCUGCUUUACCUAUGCAGAAUUUGAGUGACCUUCAGUGGAAAACCAGAGAGCAAGGGGGAAAGGUUGAAGAAGAUGGAAGUAAGCCAGGAGUAACAUUAACUAAGAAGUUGACUAAGUCAUCCACUGCAAUGUCUCACCAACCUAUCCUUACUAUGAACACUGGAAUCAAGGAAGAAUGCACAUCAAUGUUAACAAGAUCCUCUGUUUCCAUGGGAUACUUCCAGAAACCAUCAGAUCCUGAAGGAGGCAUUUACAUACAGCAAAUUACUGGAGAUAUUUCAAUUAGUCUACAAAAUGAAAAACAAUGUAUGUCAGAGGGAAAGGAAGAAGCUGGAAUGCAAAUAGCAAAGAUCAUAACAACUCACAACUAUCAAGAAACAAAGGUGCAGGGACUUAAAGAUGAACAAGACUUAGUUCCGACUAAAUCCUUUCCUUUGUUACCAGAUCUGCCUCAUCCCAAAUUACAUGAGAAAAUAGAAUUCAAUGACACAAAAUUUAGUAAUUCUACUUUGCAGAGACUACCAACUAAAGGAGAAACAGUACCUAGAGAGGCCAUUUUUGGUGAUACCAUGAAAGAUGUUAAAAAAGAACAUAUACCUUGGAGAGAAGAGACAUAUAGAAAAGAAACAAUAGACAGGCGAGGCACAGAUGUAACUUUGAAAUCACAGAAAUCACUUUUGUCCCAGAAGCUCCACAGAACAGAACUACAGAUGCAUAUUAAUGCAUCCAAAUCAAAGGGACAAAACAGUAAAAGUGAACCUCGAGUCUUUAGGAAAAUCUAUACUUCUAAACCCUCUCCAACCAUUAUCUUAUGUAAAAGUGUCAAAGUAGAUGAAGAACGACUAGAAAGUAAACUAUCUUCCCCACUCCAACAAAUGUUUCCAGCAUUAUCAGAUACAGAGGAAAUGGCAGACAAAGAGACCAUGUGUGAUCAUGUCAGAAAAGAAAAACAAUAUACAAAACAGAUAGAAAAAACAGUAGACUUGACAACUGGGAUGCAUUGCAAAAGGACAAAGAUCUCACCAAUUUCACAUCUCCUUAAUACAAAGGAAUUUGUCCUGAAUAUGAAGGUUCUGGAGAAAAAAGUACACAAAGAUAAAAGUGAACUGGCUGUGGUUGCAACACGGUCUUUCUUGUCCAUGCCAUCACUACCAUGUAGGUAUUCACAGGACAAAACACAGAAAGGCACAGCAAGAGUUACAGCACACUGUUACCCACAGGGAAAUUUCCAAGAACCAGCAGAUGCCCAGGAAACAGCAACCAGACAGUCAGCUGAGGCAACAGAACAUAAUAUGCUACAGAAACAAGCCAGGCCACAGAAGUCUGUGACCAGUGCCCAUCGAAUAGGUGAGCAUCCACAAGUUGAAUUAGAGUGUGAGUCAGUCUCCUCAGAUCAUAAAACUGAUCUCACAAGAUUAGGUACCAUUAAAAGGGAAAAAAUGCUGGACAUGCUCUUCAAAGGGCAAAAGGGUCAGCCAGAAAAGUAUGAAAAAGAAUCUUCAACUAAAAUUGGAAAUUGGAAGAAGGAAAAUGAAAUCAAAGAUAAUUUAAGACACAAAACAAGUCCUAAGUUUCCAGUUUCUCCACUAAAGAAAUCACUCAGGGAAGUACUGAUGACAAAUAACACCCUUCUAGCAAAAGGAUCUGUGACAGAGAGAGAACAGGAAACCGGUUCAAGUAAAUCUGAUAAGCCAAAGAAAGAUAGACAGAGUAAUGCCACUAUAAGCAAAAUGUUAACUCCAGAAAAGGCAUCACUUGAAAAACCAAGGAUUGCCCAUUUGAAUAAGUCUCAAAAUAAGGAAGAGCACAAUGUUAACAUGAAAGAGCAAACCACACCUCAGUCCAAGAGUAGACACCAGAUAAAGCCAAAGUCUUUCCCUCUUCUUAAUGUUCCAGUUCACAGCAAAAGUCAGAGAAUGCCUUUACAAACAGAUGUGGAUGAGAAAACUGUAGUGACAGUCAACCCACAAAUACAGUUAGGGGUACACAUGAGUACUGCAGAGUUUGAUGCCACAAGAAGUAAAGAAGAUCCACUAUCAAUUGUUCUGGAACAAGAACAGUGUGAUUUGGCAUUGCCUCAGAAGUCCCACGAUUCUCUACUGAAAUUUGAACAUCUGGAAGAAAGGGAUGAAAUGAACAUAGUCUCCAAUGUAAAUCUGAAGCAAAAGAAACUAGAAAUGGACAGCAACUGUACUGUGAGUCAGAAAGGAGGAAAGUUACAAACAGAUGGAAGCAGGGGCAUAGACCUAGAAGAGGUCAAUAGAGAAAUGCAAAAGAGCUGCAGUGUCAAUCUGGAGAAUAAAGCCAGGGGGAACACCAGCAGCACUACAAACUAUGCUCUUCUUCUAGGAACAGAGGAGUCUGAGAUCAAGACUAGGGUAGUCACUUCCAGAGAGAACAACUACCCAUGCCAGGAAAAGCUUAAAAAGGAACUAGAGUUAUCUACUGUAAAGCAAAACCUUCAAGGACUAAAAUUGCUUCAAACAAACAUUCUCGAUUCGUUGUAUCCCUAUAUUCCUAUUUGUCCUAAGAGCCAAAAAAGCAGAUUCACAGUAACAAAUCUGAAAAGAGAACUGAAACCCAAAUAUUUAACUGUGAGAAUUCCAAAGCACCCAAUUUCAAAGAUACUUGGUAUAAUAGGAUGUGGUAGUCCAAGCAGUAGGAGGAAAUUAGAAUAUGCCUUCAAUAAACCAAAAACCAUGAUUCCAAGUAGUAAAUAUGUCUCAGGGAUCAUUAUCAGAAGUCUUUGUGUUUCCAUGGUAAGUCCACCUCACACUGAAGGAACAGUAGAAUCUAAAACAAGUCCAAGAAGGGGAAAGCAAGUCUGUCAUACUAAAUUCCAGGAGAAAUUACCAGAUGCUGGAGACAUUAAGGACAUCUUCACAAUUAUGAGAGAAUGUUUCUUGCUUUCCAAGCAAGGGGAAGCUGCUCCAGGAACUGUGCCCAUAGCACUUCAAGAUAAAAACAACAAAAACAAAACACUUGUAGAACAUUUGUUUCCCAUUUAUGAAACACUUAAAAGUAUCUUUGAAGCCCCUCUUGAAAAUAAGAUCCAAAACCAAGUUCUUCCUGACAAACUAGGGGAAGUAGGAGCCUACAAGCCUGAUGAUGCAAAGGUAUCUCCUUUGCCGGAUAGUCCAGAUACAUCAUCAAAAGUAUCUACCAUUUUGCUUCGCAGACCUCUUUUAAAACAGUUUACUCCUGAAUUAAAAAAUAAGCUAAGUAUGCAUUUAGUUUCUAAAGCAACUGAGAUAAAACUGAAUCAGUUACCAGAGAUGGUGAACGCAUCCUUACAGAAGUGUAACUCUCACCCCCGAAGGGCUACUUCAGAAGACUGCAAAUGCAGGCUUUAUCUAAAACAUAAAAAAAUGAAUUUUAGGUCUCCAAAAGCUGGUACUAUAAAAGCUAACUUAAAAAACAAUUACCGAAAAGUUUUCCCUCCUCUCAGGUGUGUAAAGGCACCAACAAUGAAUGUUUCAAGUAGCAGCAAGGUCAUGACAGAAGCAAAGGACAUCAAAAAGCAAGAAAGUGUAACAUCACUAGAAACUCGGAGUAAUCUCCCAUUGACUAAUGUUCUCCACAAGUUCUCAGAGAAAGAAAACGACAACCUUCUUGUGCACUUUUCUACAAAAACACUGGAGAUACAAACAAUAGGCCUUCCCAGAAUUGUGGUACAAUCUUAUGCAAUGGCCAAUACUCAGAAUAAAUCAAAACCCUUAUUUAAGUGUAUCCAUUCCACCACCAACAGACCACGACAAACAAACAGAGUUUUAGUACUUUUUGAUGAAAAAUCUUUCUGUGAAAUUGACCGAGAUUUGCAAUACAAAUACCUCUACUCGAUCCCUAGACCUUCUGUCCCUGCGGUCUCUAAGCCAAAGGUACUUCCCAAACAUACUUCAAAGUUAAGUAUGGGUUUAGGCUCAGAAUGUAAAACAGUAGAAGAUAGCAAGAAAAGUAAUACUCUUUCAUUUGACAAAGAUCUUUUACAACAUACUUCUUUCCAAAAGAAAAAUCCACAAGAAAGCACAUUACUCACCAGAAAAUUCCAGGAGCCAACCAAGGUACCUGCUUUUUACCCUGGUCUACAAGGCACAGAACAGAAUGACAUAAUAGUUCUUUCGAAUUUAAAAUUACAAAUGACACCAGAAAAGGGUAAACAAUGUCACAUAUGGUUUCAAGGAAGCAAUUCAUACAAGCAUUCUUUUUCAGGAACUCAGCAAAAUACUGUUGAUUCAGCCAAUUCACAUUCAUCUUUGAUUUCUGAUGGCUGGAACAAUGAUGUCCGCUUAAAUACUGAGACUUCAAUGGAUUUAGCAGAAUAUCCAGCUCAUGAAAAAACUGACAGUGAGGAAUGUGUAUUUAUAGAAACCAAUUUUUACUUAACUCAAGAUUCACAAAAGUUUCUGUGUGAGGUACCUAAAGGCAUUUCAUUGGCAGAUGUUCACAAAGUGGAUGAAGCAACUGUUUUGAAGCCAUUUUACCGUGAAGAUCCAAAUGGCCAUCAUACUGUAUCCCUUAAAAAACACACCUCUCCUGUGGCACAACCUUGCUAUCAGUCUCGAAAUAGUAGGAAACAUAGGUCAAACUCCAAAAUGCAGUCCCCUGACUGGUUGUCUCAUGAUUUGCCCAAUAUUGUGGAAAUAGAGUCUGCAUCAUCUUCCAUAACAUUCAAGAAAGAGAAGCACUGGACCACAACCACGUGGAGCAGAACAAGCUACUCUCUAACCUCCUCAACAACUGAAUCAAAUAUUAAAUUGAAUAUUUCAAAAAAACACAGCAAGUCUCAUAUGUACCCACAAGUCAAAGAAAGAAGGAAGACUAAAUCUGAUUUAUGGAGAAAGUCCAAUGUUGAUCAGAGUUCAAAUUAUAGUCACUCACACAAUGAAGAGAAACACGUAAGGAAGAGGAGACUAUAUCAUUACAAAUCAAAAGAAUCAAAUUCACAAACCAAUCAGAUGCCAGAGUCAAAUGUUCAUUGGCAGAAUAUAAAUUUCUAUUCAGAAAGAGGAGAAAAUCAGCCCUUUUUUUAUGCCUGUAUACCAGCAGAUUCAAUGGAAGUUACCCCCCAAACCAUUCGCUGGGUUAUUCCUCCCAAAAUCUUACAGAAAAGAAACUUCCAAGUUCCUCAAGUGGCAAAUAUUUCAAAAUCGUGGAAUCUAUGUAGUUCAUCCAAAAAGCUGUUGGGAUCAUUUUCAGGGGCCUUUAAUACAAUCCAUUAUGGUUGA